GCUCGCGCAAUGUAGUCCCUCGGCUAUCCUCGACGCGGGAGCAUCGCCGUUUCGAAAGAGCCACGACCUUCUCCCCGUCGUCGCGUCGCGCGCGCCUUCCCGCGAACGAAGGUGUCAGGGGGCGAAGAGUUCGCGCGAGAGGGGCCCGCUCGCGCGCGCAGCUCUCCCGAGGACCUCUCUCUGGACGUCAGCGCGACAUGCUGCUGCUGGUACCGCAGGCCCGACCGCGCGUUGCUCCUCGUGCUUGACGUGGACGUCGCUCUCGCCUCGUUCACCCGGACCGUUCUCCGCGACGGACCCGGUUCCUCGGCCAUGCGUGCUCCGGAGCGGACGUGAGACGCGGUGCGGUGCGCGCGGAAGGACAACCGAGAAGAAGAGGAAGGAAGAGAGAGAGAGAGAGAGAGAGAGAGACCUAGUGCGUGAGACCCGGUGCCACGAGUUCCUCUCGCAGGGCCCACGAACCCGCGACGGUGUGAUACGGUUGAGUGAUAGCGGUGUGCAGGAGAUCGAGCGACGGGUCGGGCGGAUGAUCGAGCCGGAGGAUCUCUCGCGCGUCCAACGGCCGCUCGAUCGCGAUCGCUGCGAGAUCUCGGAGUGGAGAACGCGAGGUGCGUCGCGGCGCGUCGUCGUCGGGCGUCGGACGUGGUGCGGACGAUCAGCGUGCGGGCAUUUCCGCGUCGUCGCGAGCGGACAUUCGAGCGGCUGCUGAGCAAUAAUAAACCGUACACUGCCCACUUGAAGGAUUCCGAGGAGCUGCGAAAGGAGGAGAGUCCGCUUGCCCCCGAGGACUCAGUAGAGACUGCGAGGGGUAGUUCCGUCGCAGCAGAUUCCGUCCCGCGGUGCUCCGCUUCGCCGAGCGGAAGGCACCGUUCCUCAGCGCUCAAGGACCGACUACCUGUUUCUUCUUCUCCUCUCUUUCUCCCUCGACUGCGCUGGACUCGAGAGAACCUGGCGUCGAGGUAAACCUGAGCACUGAGCGAGUCUGCGAUAAGAAGAGCCAGUGUGAUCGCGGACCGCCGCACCGGUUCAAUCACGGAGUCGCACAUCGGCGACGGCUGAGGGAUGGAGGAUAUUAAAGUUCAAAGUCGCUCGUAAAACGCGCCAUCUCCCGCGGCAGCCGCUAUGCCAACGAGCUGCGGACGAGACUUGUUUACCUGGGGCGCGACAGCGAUAUUGAUGCAUUAUUGAAGAGCUGGGAAAAAUACACGGAGAGUUCCCUCUCUCCCCCUUUCUGCCUGGACAAGGCGCGACCGAGAGGGAAUCGGUGCCAUCUCGGCUAUACAGUUGGAUCCGACGGUGCUGAAGCAGCCGCGAGAGAGAGAGAGAGAGAGAGAGAGAGAGAGAGAGAGAGAGAGAGGUCCCGGCGGAUUCUCUCGAUCUGUGCGGAGCUCGCGGAGAAAAAUUGCGCGGCCGGAAGUAUGCGGCGGGGCGUCGCGCGGGCGGAGGAAACACGCGCCGGGAUGAUCGAUGGGACGUCCGGCGCGUCAUGUAGAUUGCAUUAAUAACGACGAUCGUCUAAUGCAUCGCGAGCGGUCCCACGGCCGCCGAUGUAGCGCGAGACCAGCCGCGUAGACGACGACGACGACGACGACGAGGAGGCUCGGCAGCGCGAGUAAGACGGCCGGCGGACGGGCUUCUUCUUCGGCGCACCUGUCGAUAUGGAUCGCGCGUGAUCCCCAGUGCAAUUCCGGCCGGAGGAGCGAGAGCGAUCGCGCUGCGAGAUGCGGCGCGAGCGAGCUUGAAGUGCGCGUGCCGAGGCCGACGGCCGGCUGACACGCGAUAGCAGCCGCGCUGUCGCAGGAAACGCAAGCUGGCCCGCCGAUAGCGGAGACAGCAACUCGCUGUUGGCCGAGUCACGUCGGCGAGAUUCGCGCGCGACGGAUCCGAGCGCGACACGUCGCGCCGUACUGCCAUUCUUCCGAGAGCACUGCCCGCGGCUGAUUUGAUUUCCCGAGCGCACUUCCGCGUCACUUCAGCGUCGUCAGCGACGUCGACCUGUGACUUGUGGAUGCGGAGGAGGAUGCGGUGCCGUUCGUGGAUUCGUCUCGUCGUGCUGACGGAAUCGCCGGCCAGUGCUUCGGUUUGACGUGAUUUUGCCGCCGCCGCCGCCGCCGCCGACGACGGCGACGACGACGACGACGACGACGACGACGACGACGACGACGGGGUGCCGCGGAGUGGGGGCGAUUAAUUAAGCGCAACGUCCUGAUCCGUGCGACGAGCGUCGUAAAACGCGCUCUGACAUCCGCGCGCACACACGCACACACACACGCACACACAUACACACACACACACAUACACACACACACACACACAUACACGUACUCACACGCACACGCACACGCACGUACGCACACACACUUGGCGCGAGUGCUGUGCAUGGAUCUACGGUGGCUCCUGGUGAUUCCGUCGGCACCGAUCGCGCGAGAGUACGUGGGAUGUCACGAGUGCCGGCACGCGCGGAAUGUGACAGUGCAUCGGUCUCCGUCGGCAAUUAGCGUCUCUCUUAAAAACGACUGAGAUGCGCCUGAGAUAGUAUAUCAAUAUGUGAAUGCGCCACGCCGGGGAAAAGCGAUGUCUACUUCUCUUCCCACACUCGUCUGUUUUAUCAUUUGUUUUGGUGGUAUAGCGUCAUGCCUACGGAACUUUCGGACGGACUUCCUGGAGGAAUGGCCAACGCCGGGCACCGGGCCCCACUUCGACACCACCAUGCAAUCGAACUUCACCGGGCUGGUGGGCAAGACGGUGCAUCUGGUGUGCAAGGUGAAGAACUUGGGAAAUCGAACGGUUUCCUGGGUCAGACACCGGGAUAUACACCUGCUGACGGUUGGUCGUUACACCUACACCAGCGAUCAACGUUUCGAGGCACUACAUUACCCUCACACGGAGGACUGGACCUUGAGGAUACGAUAUCCUCAGCGCAAGGACUCCGGGAUUUAUGAGUGCCAAAUAUCAACGACCCCGCCCAUCGGUCAUCCCGUGUACCUAACUAUAGUCGAGCCGGUAACCAUCAUAGUUGGAGGACCAGACCUCUUCGUCAAUAAGGGCAGCACCAUCAACCUGACAUGUAUCGUAAAAUUCGCCCCCGAGCCACCGCCGAUGAUGAUUUGGAGUCAUAACAGGGAGGUUAUCAAUUUCGACUCGCCGCGCGGCGGCAUCAGUCUUGUCACGGAGAAAGGUCCCGAAACAACGAGUCGCCUGAUGAUCCAGAAAGCCGUGCCGAGCGAUUCCGGUCACUACACGUGCGAGCCGAGCAACGCGAAUCCCAGUACAAUAAAGGUGCACGUUGUUAAUGAGGAACACCCAGCCGCCAUGCACCACGGGGACGGCAGCUCGUCGUACAUCAAGGCACGACCGAUUUGUUUUAUAAUUUUAGUAAUAGUUAAUAUAAUGUUUAUAUAAGGCGAGAGAGAGAGAGAGAGAGAGAGAGAGAGAGAGAGAGAGAGAGAAAUACGGAAAGAAGAAGAGAGAGAAGAAGAAGGAGGAGAAGAAACAUUUACCCCGACAAGCACACACACACACGAUGAAACGCGAUCGCCGAGAAUCGCGAAUUGCCUACGUCUAAACGUCGUUAACGUUUCUUGGAUAAAUAUUUGUGCAGGGUAAAAACCAGAACAUUUACCGUUUACAUUAAAAAAAGAAGCGAAAGAAGUGAAACGAAAGAAAAAAACUAAACACACGAAAGAGAGGGGGGGGGAAAGAGAAACGAAGAAACUUCCGUGACCAAAAGAGUUUUCAAAUAUCAGCACGGCACAAUAAUCGGUAAGAGCGUAGUAUUUUGUUAACAUAUAUCAUCAAGAACGAAUAACUUACGACGUCAAAAUUUAUUGUAUUAUUUGUAAAUAAAUUUAUUGUAUGUACAUAUCAAUAAUAAAACGAUUGUCUUUA